UAGCUAACUGUAGCUAGCUUAACGCGGCUGUCAGAGGGUUCGAAGUACAGAAAGACAGGCUGAACGCAGGGUCGUUGUCCUCCGCAGUGAAAGCAGCAUGGCUCCGCUGAAGUUCUGUGCGAACAUUUCCUGGCUCUUCACGGAGAUUCCAGAAUUCAGUCAGCGGAUAUACGCGGCUGCUUCGGCUGGCUUUCAGGCCGUAGAGGCAGCCUGGCUGUACGACUGCGACCUGCAGGAGCUUCAGAGGGCCAGGGAGGCUACAGGAGUGGAGGUGGUCCUCAUCAACACCCCGCCGGGAGAUGUAAAGGCAGGUGAUCUUGGUCUUGGAGCAGUUCCUGGAAGAGAGGCAGAGUUCAGACAGGGUCUGGAUCUGGCUCUGAAGUAUGCAAGAGCGUUGGACUGCAAAAGGAUCCACCUGAUGGCAGGGAGGGUUCCUGUGGGCUCACACAGAAUGGCGGUUGCCAAGGAGAUGGAGGCCAUCUUUGUGCAGAACCUAAACUAUGCUGCUGAAAUCCUCUCAAAGGAAGGAAUCACUGGUUUGAUUGAACCAAUCAACACAAGGAUUACAGAUCCCAGGUACUUCCUCGACUCUCCUCAUCAAGCAGCUGCAAUUCUGGAGAAGGUUGGAAAGACAAAUAUCAAGCUGCAAAUGGACGUCUUUCACUGGCAAAUAAUGGAUGGAAACCUGACACAUAACAUACACAAGUAUUUCCCCAUAAUCGGUCACGUUCAGAUUGCUCAGGUUCCGGGCAGGAACGAGCCUGACAGUGCCGGGGAGCUUGAUUACAGCUACCUGUUCAACACUCUGAAGGACCAAGACUACCAGGGAUACAUCGGCUGUGAAUAUAAGCCACUUGGCUUCACAGAGGAGGGUCUGGGUUGGAUCAGAGAUUACUGCACGCACAGCAAGUGAUGAUCCAAUCACACCACUUCUACCUGGACUAACACUUUUUCCAAGUUCCAUUCUAGUGGCCUUAUCUUAACACGCAUCUGACCUAAUCAUUUUUUAUUUUGUACAAUCAAGAAAAACAGUUGCAAGAAAAAGUAUGUGAACCCUUUUGGAAUUACCUGGAUUUCUGCAUAAGUUGGUCAUAAAAUGUGUUCUGAUCUUCAUCUAAGUCACAACAAUAGACAAACACAGUCUGCUUAAACUCAUACCACACAAACAA